AUGCAAAACUUUGAUGAUGUGGACGAAGUCGACGUUGACGCCCUCAUGGAGGCCAUGGAGGCAGAGGCCGUCUCCAAGAAAGCUCCCGAGCCUGCAGUCUCCAAAUCUGUGAGGUCUGAAGAAGUGCCGGUUGCCAAGGCACAGGCUGUGGGGUUGUAUGACAGCGCCAAGAAGUCUCAUGAAGAUGACAUGCCUCAUACCGCUGGCCAUCACACCGCCGACCCCUUUGCUCCACGUGAGGGUAAAACUUUGGUGUGGCGAGAUGUCAACAUGACCUUGGCGGCCAAAGGUAGUGAUCCAGAUCGCAAGUUGUUGGACACUGUGUGGGGAGAAGUUCCCAAGAAGAUGACAACUGCCAUUAUGGGGCCAUCCGGUGCAGGCAAAACAUCGCUGUUGAAUAUCCUCGCUGGAAGAGCCCAAUCCCAUGGUAAAAUCAAAAUUUCCUCGGAUAUCCGCUUGGAUAACUUCGUGGUGGAUCCUACAAAAAUUGAAGUUCGUCGAAACAUUGCCUUUGUCGCCCAGGAUGACAGUUUGCAAGUCACAUCCACUCCUCGAGAGUCAAUCUACUUUAGUGCCAAAUUGAGAUUGCCCAAAUCUACCACGGAAGAGCAGCUUCGGCGCCUCACGAAUCGCAUGUUGGACGAGCUAGGUCUUGCAGACUGUGCCGAUACCGUGGUGGGAGGUGCUUUGAUCAAGGGUAUCUCUGGGGGUCAACGCAAACGUACUUCGGUUGGUGUGGAGCUUGUCACCAAGCCAGCACUAGUUUUUCUUGACGAGCCCACAUCGGGACUGGAUAGUUUCAGCGCUGUGCAGUUGUGCCAGGUGCUCAAAAAGGUGGCCAAUGCCGGUGCUUCCGUUCUGUUUACCAUUCACCAACCCUCGAGUGAAAUCUUUAACAGUUUUGAUAGUCUGAUUUUGAUGAACAUGGGUCGCGUCAUGUACCAAGGACCCACACAGUCGGUCCCCGAGUACUUUGGAGACCGAGGACACCCCAAUCCACCUCACUACAACCCGGCCGACUGGAUCAUGAAUGUGGCGCAAAGCGUUGCCAUUGAACAGCUCGACAAAGAUGGAUUCUUUCCCAAAGACGAUAGGCAGGUGGGCGAUGCCUUUACUGAGGCUGUGGAUGGAAAAGAUGCCUUGGGGAUCACCAUUACAAGCCGCGACGCCGCUCAAGACGAGGAUGAUACGCCUGUGGGACUCGACGUCCAGAUUGGAAUGUUGUUCAGCAGAGAGAUGCGCAACCUGAGGCGUGACACCAUGGCAGUGGGGGCUCGUAUUGGUUUGACGUCCUUCUUGUCCUUGUUGGUCGGGAUUAUCUUCUUGGAUGUCGGAGAACAAGAUUCGUCAGUCAACGAAUAUCGUCAAUCUCAGUUUGGAGCCCUGGUGAUGGUCCUCAUGAUGUCCAUGUUUGGAACUGCUCAACCUGCUCUCUUGGCCUUCCCUGAAGAACGCCCCGUCUUUUUGCGCGAAUACUCUACCAACCAUUACGGUGUCUUGCCCUACUUCAUGUCUCGCUUGACCAUCGAAUUGGUUUUGACCGCCCUCCAGAUUUUGGUCCAAGUCCUCAUCACCUACUUUAUGGUUGGUUUCCAAUCCAACUUCCUAUUCUUUUACCUCACUGUUUAUGCCUUGGCGAUGAGUAGCACAGCGUUGGCCGUCAUGCUUGGUUGUGCUGUAGAAGAUCCCAAGCUGGGUCAAGAAAUGCUCCCGCUUCUUUUCGUCCCACAGAUGCUCUUUUCUGGGUUCUUUGUGGUCCCAGACUUGAUCCCUGUGUGGUUACGAUGGGCCCAAUACCUCUGUUCUUUGACUUAUGCCGUCCGUAUUGCGGCGGUAGAGGAGUUCAACAGGGAUGACUGUAAAGAGUGCCAGCACUUUUUGGAUGUCAUCAAUGCGGACCCUGAUGAAGUUUGGUGGUACUGGUUGGUCCUUGUAGCCCUCUUCAUUGCCUUCCGUCUUUUUGGUUUGUUUAUUUUGAGACAAAAGGCCGAGAAGUUCUACUAA